AUGAAAAAUAAUAAUAAUAAUAAUAAUAAUAAUAAUAAUAAUAAUAAUAAUAAUAAUAAUUUAGAUAAUAUAGAUAGCUUUUCAAAAUUAUUUUAUAAAGUUUUUCAUAACAAAUAUUUAUUUAAUUUAAUAAUUCAAAGUAUUCAUAAAAAU